AUAAUUAGAAAAUGGCAUCAAUGAAGAAAGUCAUGUUUGGUGCUCUCUUCUUCUUCAUUGCAUUUGAGUUAAUUAGUUGCAUUCCUCUCUUAGAUGAUGCUGUAUUUCAAGAACCUCCAAAACCUGACUUGAGUCCAUAUUUCAGUUGCAUAGGCGAAAAACAAUCAUCAUGCAUGCCAAAAGGCAAUGAAGGCCUAAGUCGACAAGCUCUAUUCGAUAAAAAGAGAAAAUGCAUAAGCGACUCACACACAGCAUGCCAACCUGUAUACAACAAAAUCUUGUCAGAAUUCCAGAAUACAAAACCAAUUGAUGAAUUCAAUUGCAUUGGAGUACAAUGUCUUCCACAACCAACAUUACCAGCAGCAGAGCCGAUGCCAGAAGAAAUAAAUAAUGUGCAAAAUGUAACGGAAGUUAUUAUAAAUGGUGAUCAUAUGAAUAUUACAAAUGAAGUUCCCGAAAGAACAUUAAUGGUAGAUUCCAAAGAACUGAAGCGUGCGGCAGAAGGGAAGUGCUUAACCAAAGGAAAUGUAUGUAGGAUUCCAUUCAAAGCAAUUAAUAAUUCAUCAUACCUUAUUGAAGAUUGUUGCGAAGGCCAAUUUUGCGACCAGAUUCUAAAAAACAAUGAUGAAUUCGGUCAAUGUUGUCUCCAAAAUGACCGCAAUAAUUGUUGGUUGCCCUGAUGCUUAAUUAUCCAUGGAUUGAUUUUUAUCAGAAUGAAGACAUGCCAAAUCUUAAUUUAUUCACUUAAUUAUUUCCAAUUGUUAGUUACAUGUAUGUAGACCAGGCUGAAUUUCUUUUGUAUGAUUGCCAUUUGAUGGUAAGGGUAUGU